UAAAACAGCCGGUCGCUGUGUCAUUAGACGCUGCAAAAAAUCAACAUCAAAUCAUUCAUAAACCACCAAGCAUGGCCCAGAGAGUUGUGAAGAUCGCUAAAACUCUGAGAAAUAAUUGGAAAAAGACCACGUUUUUUGUAUUGGUGGGUUCAUAUGGAAUUUAUUACGUGAGAGACAGAAUAAAAGCAAAUGAAAUACGAGCAGAUUAUUGUAAACAAGCAGUAAUAUAUGGGGAAGAAACCAUUCAAACUGUGAGCAAACCAAGAAAAGUAACAAUCAUAUUAAAUCCUGCUGCCAGAAAGGGGAAAUCUAAAAAGCUGUUUGAGAAGAAUGCUGCUCCUCUGUUGCAUCUAGCUGGUAUCAAUGUGGAAAUAAUUAAGGCAAGUUUGAUUCUUUUUCUUCAUUGACGGUGACUUGAGUAG